AUUACCGUUUUGCUAACACGCCGGUUCUGGAAUAUUCGUAAAAAUUGUUUCAUUGAUUCGUUUGAUAUUUGCAUAGUUCUAGAUGUCUUCUAGGUUAUAUUGUCGUAUAACGGCAUAAUCGUGUAAAUUUCUGUGUAACCGCUCUUCCAAAUACCAUUUACGUCCACGAGUAGCUGUCCGGAUCAGUGUACACGUUUUCGUCAGCAAGCCAAGUACAAGAGAGACUGAAAGGAGAAUCAACUCGCAAUCAUGUCCGUCGUGGGGUUUGACUGCGGAUACCAGAGCAACUAUAUUGCAGUGGCUAGAGGCGGUGGAAUAGAGACAGUCGCAAAUGAUUACAGUCAGCGGUCUACGCCGGCCGUCAUUUCGCUUAACGAGAAGAAUCGGACGAUGGGCGUCGCGGCGAAGCAACAGAUGGUCUCAAACCUGAAGAACACCAUCUGGGGUUUCAAGAAGCUCAUCGGGAGAAACUUUGACGAUCCGAGACUGCAGCGAGAGAAGGACUUUCUGCCGUACGACAUUGUGCGGCAGCCCGACGGCUCGACCGGCGUGAAGGUGCAGUACCUGGGUGAGGAGCAGGUGUUUUCGCCUCAGCAGAUCAUGGCCAUGAUGCUUACCAAGUUGAAGGACGUAACAGAGUCGGGGCUCAAAGCCAAAGUGAACGACUGCGUCAUCUCGGUUCCGAGCUUCUUCACUGAUGCGGAGCGGCGAGCGAUGCUCGACUCGAGUCGCAUCGCCGGUCUCAACUGUCUCAAGCUGAUGAACGAGACAACGGCCACCGCCCUCGCUUAUGGAAUCUACAAACAGGACCUUCCAACUCCAGAGGAAAAGCCCAGGAAUGUUGUGUUUAUUGACGUGGGCCACUCUGCCAUGCAGACCUGCGCCUGUGCAUUUAACAAAGGCAAACUGAAGGUGCUCGCGGUCGCGUCGGACCCGAACCUGGGCGGGCGGGACUUCACGCUCGCGCUCACCGACCACUUCACGGAGGACUUCAAGAAGCGCUACCGGCUGGACGCGCGCACGAACAAGCGCGCGAUUGUGCGGCUGACGGACGAGUGCGAGAAGCUGAAGAAGCUGAUGAGCGCCAACUCGACGGACAUCCCGAUGCACGUCGAGUGCUUCAUGAACGACGUCGACGUCACCGCUCACUUCUCGAGGGAGAAGUUUGAGGAGCUCGUUAGUGAGCUGCUGCAGAGAGCAGAGCAGACAAUGCUGAACCUUCUCAACGCUGCAAGUAAGUUAUGCGGCCGCGACCUGGGGUCCCUGGGGGACCUGUACCCUGGGUUGCACGCUGGUUCUGGCGUGUGGACGUACAUUGCGUGUAUUCUAUUCUAUGGAUUCUAUUCUACAGAUCCUGUUUCGUUCAAGUUCCAGUCGCAGGACAAGCAGGACAAGGACCGCGUCGACUCGAAGAACUCGCUCGAGGAACACGUCUACGACAUGCGCAACAAACUCUACGAAGCAUUCGAGAAGUUUGUCACCGAGGAGCUACGCGCGCGCCUGUCUAGCCUGUACAGCGAGACAGAGGACUGGCUGUACGACGAGGGUGAGGACGAAUCGAAGCAGGUCUACAUCGACCGGCUCACCGCCCUGAAGAAGCUGAGCGACCCCAUCGCGACACGAUGGAGAGAGAUGCAGGAGAGGCCUAAAGCAUUUGAAGAUUUGGGAGGAGCACUGCAGCGCUACAGAAAGGCUCUGGAUCUGUAUGAGAAGAAGGAUGAGAAAUAUGAGCACAUCGCUGCCGCGGAAAUGGAGAAGGUGACCAAGUGUGUGAAGGAGAAGUCCGACUGGUUUAACCUGCAGAUGAACAAUCAGACGGGUCGCGCCCUGACAGAUGAUCCUGUUGUGCUAGCGAGUCAGAUACGCAAUGAGCAGAAGCUGUUAGAAUCGACUUGCAAUCCGAUAUUGAACACGCCGAAACCGAAAGUGGAGCCUCCAAAAGACGAGCCGAAGAAGGAGGAGGAGAAGUCCGAGGAGAAGGGCGAGCAGGAGAAGCCGAUGGAGACGGGGGAGGAGGAGCAGGGAGGAGCCGGACCUGCCAGCACGGACGCCUCUGCCGGAAAGGCAGACAUGGAGCUCGAUUGAACGCGGUGAUGGGGGUGGUAGGCUGC